AUGUUAUUACAUCUCGUAACUGUUAGACGACCUGCUCCGUUGUUAGUGCCACCCCAUACGCACCGCCUACGGGCCAGAAGCCGGCAGGCAAAUCAUGAAGCCUUUGCUGCUGCAGCCCAGCGCAGCCUGGGCCUUGAGGUGAACUGUGAAGCCAGACCAAGAGUCAUGGAGGACGACCCAAGUGAGGGGGAAGAGCGUAAGCUCCACAGUUGCUCUUACUACUCGAUUACCCCAUUGUUACCCCCUUACUCCAUUACACCGUGGCUCAACAGCAACCAGCAGCCAGCAGCCAGCUCGCCAACUCGCCAACUCGCUAUGUCAGGUCAGGUCAGGUCUGCACCAGCAAGGCGAACCGUGCAGCUGCAUGGACGUGGACGUGGCCGUGGACGUCCAGUGACGACCCUCCACAUAUGUAUUCGCGUGUUCCAGAUCGAUCUCAGCGCGAUGGUUCAAAUGGCCCACCGCCAGACAUGUGGCGAAACCUUGGAAACCGCCUAG